UCUAUCUCAAAAACUUUUGGGGGUUAAUGUAAUGAUGCAACUCUCAUUCUCCUCCUCCUCCUCAUUCUCCUCCUCUGUGUCCUCAACAAUUGAAAACCGUACAAAACUCAUACAUAAAGCUCUCUCUUCCUUCUCAUUCUUCCGCCUUUUGAAUCUUUUUUUUCUUCCUCUUCUUUCUCUCCGCACAAUCCCCAAAUGUCCUCCGACAGGAUACUGUGCAAGUUCUUUGUCCAUGGCUCGUGCUUGAAAGGGGAAAAUUGUGAAUUUUCUCAUGACUCCAAGGAUCCUCCGAAUAAUGUUUGCACAUUCUACCAAAAAGGGAUAUGCCUUUACGGGAGUAGAUGUAGAUAUGAUCAUGUCAGAGCUUCUUCCAAUGUUCCUAGACCACCUCUUACCUCUGACUCUGAGUCUCUUGAUCGCUCUUUAUCAUCCACCACUCCCUCUAUGAGGAAUCUGCAACAACAACAAGGCGAUAUUAACGACGGUGAUAAAUCCUCUAACGUCUAUUGUAUCCAUCCAAGAGAAUACCCAAUCUGCUCCUUUGCUGCUGCUGGUGAUUGCCCGCGAGGUAACCAAUGUCCUCAUAUGCAUGGAGACCUCUGCGCUACUUGUGGCAAGAAGUGUUUGCAUCCUUUUAGACCUGAAGAACGAGAAGAGCACACUAAAGAAUGCGUGAAGAAGCAAAAGCACAUUGAGGCUUUGAAACGAAGCCAAGAUAUCGACUGUAGCGUGUGUUUGGAUCGUGUCUUGUCAAAGGCCACUCCAGGGGAAAGGAAGUUUGGGUUGUUGACUGAGUGUGAUCAUCCGUUUUGUAUACAGUGCAUUCGUAAUUGGCGUAGCAGUGCUCCUGUUUCAGGAAUGGAUGUGAACAGUACGCUGAGAGCAUGUCCUAUAUGUCGCAAACUCUCUUACUUUGUUGUACCUAGUGUUGUCUGGUACUCUACUCCUGAAGAGAAAAAGGAAAUUAUCGAUAUAUACAAGGCAAAACUUAGAUCUAUCGACUGUAAGCAUUUCAACUUUGGAAAUGGAAGCUGUCCAUUUGGAGCAAGUUGUUUCUAUAAGCAUGCAUAUUCUGAUGGUCACUUGGAAGAAGUUGUUUUACGGCAUCUUGGUACUCAAGAAGGAGACAAUAUCAGGCUAUCAGAGUUACUUGGUGGCCUGCAGAUUUUCUAAAAUACUCUUUCCGGGAUAAUCGAAACAGAACACAAGGUGGUGAUGACAAGUUAUUUUCUAAUCAAACUCAUGUUUAUUCUGAGUUUUGACAAUCCUCUUAAAUAAGAUAUGGAGACAUGCUCAGAGAGGAUAAUAGUUAAAUAGAUAUCAGGAGGACACAGAAGAAAACUCAAUGUAAUAAUAAUUAGAUUGGUAAAUGUCUACUAGACAAUUAUGUAAAUAAGUGUGAAUAUAACCCAACAAAUAAUGUAAAUAAUGCUUUGAGAACAAUCCAUGUGAAAGAUUUUUGAGAUAAUAAAAUUCUGAGUUUCUUUC